CGGCCAUGGCGGUGGCCGCCUGUCAGUCUGUCAUUCUCCCACCACACGCGCAGCGCGCCACCCCAAAGCCGCCCCGCCGCACGCCGCGGCGAGACGUGGUCUCGUGGACGGCCGCCAUCGCGCGCCCGGCGCGGGAGGGCGACCUGCCGGCGACGGCCGCGGCGCUCUCCGCCAUGCUCUCCUCCCCCGCCGCGCCUGCCCCCAACGACGUCACCCUCCUCACCGUCCUCUCCGCCUGCGCCGGCGCCCCCUCCUCCCCGCUCGCCCGGCCCCUCGCUCUGUCUCUCCACGCCCUCGCCGCCAAGCUCUUCCCCAGCCACCUCCUCCUCUGCACCUGCCUCGCGCGGUUCUACCUCGCGUCCCGCCUCCCCCACCUCGCCCUCCAGCUCUUCGGCUCCAUGACCGUCAGGUCCGUGGUCACCUACAACACCAUGAUCACCGGCCUCAUGCGCAACGGCCUCGUCGCCGCCGCGCGCGAGGUGUUCGACGGAAUGCCGGAACCGGAUAAGGUCUCCUGGACGGCGCUCAUCGACGGGUGCGUCAAGAACGGGCGCCACGACGAGGCGAUCGAUUGCUUCCACGCUAUGCUGCUGGACGGCGUCGAGCCAGACUACGUCACGCUGGUGGCCGCCAUCUCCGCGUGCGCAGAGGUCGGCGCGCUCGGUCUUGGUAUGUGGGUGCACCGGUUGGUGACCAGGGAGAGGCUGGAGGGCAACAUCCGCAUCGCCAACUCGUUGAUCGACAUGUAUGCUCGGUGCGGUCAGGUGGAGUUUGCACGGCAGGUGUUUGACAGCAUGAGGAACCGGACGGUGGUCUCGUGGAACUCGAUGAUCGUCGGGUUCGCAGCCAACGGACGGUGCACGGACGCUAUCGAGCAUUUCGAGGCGAUGCGGAGGAAGGGGUUCAGGCCAGAUGCGGUGACGUUCACGGGCGUGCUCACGGCCUGCAGCCAUGCCGGUCUCACCGACGAGGGGCUGAGGUACUACAAAGCCAUGAGAGCAGAGCACGGCAUCACAGCGAGGAUGGAGCACUAUGGGUGCGUGGUCGACCUGCUCGGCCGGGCCGGGCGCCUGGGCGAGGCAAUGAGCGUGGUUGCGACCAUGCCGAUGCGGCCGAACGAGGUGGUGCUGGGAGCUCUGCUCGCUGGGUGCCGGAUGCAUGGGGACGUGGACAUGGCCGAGCAGCUGAUGCAGCACCUCCUUGAGCAGGACCCCGGCGGCGACUCCAACUACGUGCUGCUGUCGAACAUCUACGCCGCCACGGGGAAAUGGGACGGCGCGGGCAAGGUUCGGGGCCUGAUGAAAGCCCGGGGGGUGAAGAAGAGGCCUGGCCGCAGCGCCGUGGAGAUCGACGGCGACGUGCAUGAGUUUGUCUGCGGGGAUCGGUCUCACCCGCAGGCUGAUGAGGUGUUUGACAUGCUUGGCCUGCUGAGCCAUGAGAUGGCAGGGCGUGAACCGUGAGUUAUGAGAUCGAGCACCUGGAGCGACUGCCUGCUUGGAAUGGAGAAGACCAACAUUCGUCCAGGCUACUCCUAGAUCAGAAAAUUCUUGUAUUUGCAUCUCUACGGUUGUAUUUGUAUCUCUGGAAGAGGCAUCCAACAUGUACAGUAUAUACAGACACAGGUGAUGAGAUGGAUAUUUUUUACGUCGACA